GAAAAUGGGACAUUUAGCUGCUCGAUUUGUUCCAAAGCUUGCAGAAAAUAUUAUUUCACUUUCAAAUCAAUGUCAAUUUAACAUUACUCCGCUUCAUGUUGUUGACCCAAAUUUGGAUUUUAGAGAAGAAUUUGCAAACGUUGAAAAAUUGAAGGAAAAUCUUAAGAAAAGGCACAUGUUCGAUUCAAUUUCAAAUUUGCCCAAAAUUAGAGACGAUUAUUUUCGCUGGUGGAAGGCUUACAGCAAUCUGGUUAAUUGUGGUGUGGAUAAAAAGGUUUUAAAUUUUUUGAUAUUUUAA